UCCUGGCUCUACAGAAGUCAGUGGUAAAACUCUUAAUGACUUCAGUGGGUCUCGGAUUUCAUUCUGAGAAAGUUAGCAAUCCUGUGAUCGUAAUUUAAAGUAAUUCCCUUGCUCUUCCAUACUUGAUGCAUGUUUUUCCCUUCCUAAAAUUGAGGCAAAAAUUACAAUUUAUAGCAGAAGAAAAGUUUGUUUUAGUAGAUUUAGGGCCCAGUCCAGCAAGACACUUAAGCAUGUACAUAGUCUCACUGAAAUCAGUAGGACGACUACUGCUUAAAAUUAAGCCUAUGCAUAAGUCAUAGCAUGAUCCAGGCCUAAAAUGAUAGUGAGAUUUUAUUUGAUAUCCUGAAUGCUUUUCAGUCUGAAGAGGCAGAUCAUACAGUUGAAUAAUACUUAAAUUACCUUGAAAACUACAAAUCCCAGAGAGCAUUGCAGACACCAGGCUUGUGCAAUGUUACAGUCCUCCUGUAAAGAACCAAUGACAAACAGAGAAUUCAGGAAUCUCGGAUGACAUCUCAGUGUAUUAAAAAGCGCUGUAGGGAGCCCUAAACCAGACUGCAAAAAGCAGUUUUCCCUGGGCUACAUUUUAGACAAUCCUAUAAGCUUUCUAUUGACAGUUUAUACUUUCCUCUUGGUGCGCAUCAGCUGUUGGGGAAAAAAGCUGUUUGGCUAGUCCAAAUGGAUGCAAUUUUGAACUGCAAUCUGGAUGAUAUGGAAGAUUAUUACAUCUUGCUAGGAUGUGAUGAACUAUCCACGGUUGAACAAAUUCUUGCAGAGUUUAAGGUUAAAGCCCUUGAGUGUCACCCUGACAAACAUCCUGGAAACCCUAAAGCUGUGGAGAAUUUUCAGAAGCUGCAGCAGGCUAAAGAGAUUCUUACUAACGAAGAAAGUCGAGCUUGUUAUGAUUACUGGCGACGAAGCAAAAUUACCAUUCCAUUCCAGCAGUGGGAGGCUCUGAACAACUCCAUAAAAACGUUCAUGGGGGUGUGUCUCUGGGCUACUGCAGUGGUGACCAACGGGCUGAGUCCUCCUCCCUCCACUGCUUCCGGACAUUCCUGGGCCUUAUACCCUGUGUAGCCAUUUACCACCACAUCAACAACAUGUUGAUGACUACAGAAGGAGUAAGUCAACAGAGAAUCAGGACUGCAAUCUGCAAGACUGAUGUACUUUGGCAUCACUCCACUGAUGUAAAUUUAGUUAUGUUGAUUUUCAUUCCCGACGAACUGGCGAGUUGUCUGUAGCAGUCCAGGUGGCAGAUUUAUAGCACUACUGCAAUAGGGGUUCAACUGCAAAGUGAGCAGUGCCAGCCGGAGCAGGAAUAGCAUUGUUUUCACCAAAAAUUACAGUACAUAACCAAUGGCAUUUUAUUUCCACAAGUAGAUGAAUAAUGGGUAGAUUUAGUUGGGCUAUAAGCCUCUUUCUGUGUCAGAGUUGUUAAAUAAUGAAUCAGUAGUUGGAGAAGGCCAGUUUCUUACAGUUGGAGCCUAGAGGGGCUACAGCUCCUUGGAUCUAAUAAUUUCUUCUCUAUAGCUUUUUUCUAAUAGUAUAUUUAUUUUGGGUAGUACUACCUCUAAUUGCUGCCAGGGCUUACCAGAUCUCCAGUCCUGCUUGAUCUACAAUAGGACUAUCAGUGCUCUUUAAAGAAUGGUUUGCUUACUUAUUUGCCAAAACUGCUUCAUCAGAGAGUUGCUGUAGAACCCUCAGUCCUAGAGCUGGUUGAAGGAACUUUGUGGAGGGGAAUGGGUAGGGUGAGGAAGCUUGGACUCUCUAUGCUUAUAUCUCUUCUAUGGACACAUUUGGCCAGAUUCUCCACUGUCUUGCACUUUGUGUCAUUAUUUACCCCUCUGCAAAACAGAUGUAAAGACUACCAAAUGAGAAUGGUAUCAUUUUAUACUUAACUGCACAAGUGAAAAUAAUGACCGCAAAAGCAGCAGAGAAUCAUCCUAGAGAGGUCUUCAGUUUGCUAAAUUGACACAUUAGCAUUAUUAAAUUCAAUGUAGUGGCCCUCUUUAAUUGCUUUUUCCUUUGCAUUUGAAUAAUCAAAAGUAAAAUGAGAUUCUUCUUAUACUAUAGACCUGUGGUGGGGAGCAUUUAAAUUUGGCUACAAAAGUACCUGGGUACUCACUUCUCUUUCACUUGUCUGUUGAAGGCUUGAAAGGAAAAAAAAAAAUCAGUUACAGGGAGAAAAUCUUCACUGAGUACCAAUAUUUGCUGGAAUAAACAGGAGAAUGUAUUAAGACUUCAGCAGUUUUUGUGAUGCACUCUGGCUUUCAACAUCAUCUUCUGUCCGAGUGAGCUAUUUUCCCCCUCACAUCCUCCGUAAGCACCACCAGUGGAAGUGAC